AUGGGUUGGCUGAAUGGUGUCAAUAUCAGUAGAACUGAGGUUAUAGAUAGGCUGAGUUAUGUUGAUAUUGGUAGUAUUGAGGCUAUGAAGAGGUUGAAUAAUAUUGGUGUCGGCAAGAUUAAGGCUAUAAGUGGUCAGGAUAUUGGUGCUAGCGGUAUUGGCUACAUUAAGAUUAUGAGUGGUAUUGAUGUUGGUAGCAUUAAGGAUAUGAGUAGCGGUAUUAAGGUUGGCGGCACUAGUGUUGGAGUUUUGGACAAUAGAUAUUACAGGA